CCUGUGAAGUAAAGCACGACCGGAAGUGUGUAUGGCCCGGGAAGAAUUUUAGCAAGAGAAUUCUGCAAGAGCACGUCGAAGAAUGUGUUAAAGUUUGAUGCAUUUAUCGAUCAUGAUUAAGCGGAAUUGUGCAGUUUUUUACCUAAACGCGCUGGUGCUCGUGAUGCUGGGCACCGGAGUGUCAGGACUCUCUGGUCAACACGCCGAGAACUUAGUGCAUCACGGCAACAUUUUAAGCCCGUUACUGAAAGCCUUAUCGGAUCACGAGCCAUGGGGAAUUCACUUCCCGAGAACUAGACCCGAUUCUAGAUACGUACGAUUCAUGAAAAGGCUUUACAAGCUGUCUACCAAGCAAGAGAGGAGCCACGAGGCGUCUCACCUUUACAACACGGUGCGCUUGAUCACACCACGGCAGGAGUGUCUGGAUCAGUGUGGAGAAUUUCUCAUGCAGGACAUUUCCUACAGUCUGAACCGUGUACGAGCCCAAGAACAGCUGCUCAAAUCCGUUCUGCUUUACUCCUUGGACCAUAACUACGCGGUAUCACUUACCUCCCACUGUUACCUGUACAUGAAGGAACAGACGCCUUCAGAUCAGCAUAUGUGCCUCAGCUCUCCCAGCUCACAGCACUCUGUGUCACCAAUCAGUUUCCACUUUCGAGUCAACAGAGCCAGCCACCACAAGUGGGUGGAGGUGGACGUGACACCCUUCCUCCACCCUCUCAUCCAGGGCCACAAAAAGGACAUCCACCUCCUCAUCAACCUCACCUGCCUGGAUGAUGAACCAGGAUAUCACACUUCCAGAAGUCUUGUGGAGCUCACGCACAUGGCGCCGUCUCUUUUGCUCUAUCUGAACGACACCAGUGAGGUGGCUUAUCAAAGAGGUUCCACAAACACCAGGCUGGGAGAAAUCCAUUCCAACCAUUGGGGUGAGAAUAUACAGAGCCAGCUGUACGGACCUGGUAUUCAGAGGCUGAAGUGGAGAGAUCGGAGGAACGCUCCAAACGUAACUCAGUCCUUAAAGUCGAGCACUGAAAGUGGACCACAGCCCAAAUUCGAGCACCCGACAGAAGACUGCGACCUUUAUGACUUCCGCGUGAGCUUCUCACAGCUCAGACUAGAUCACUGGAUCAUAGCGCCCUCCAAGUACAAUCCCAGGUACUGCAAAGGCAUUUGUCCUCGAGUUGUGGGCCACAUCUACGGCUCUCCGGUGCACACAAUGGUUCAGAACAUUAUAUAUGAGAAGCUGGACUCCUCCAUGCCAAGACCUUCCUGUGUUCCAUCUGAAUACGACCCUCUGAGUGUUCUGACCAUUGAAAACGAUGGCUCUAUUGCAUAUAAGGAAUACGAAGAAAUGAUUGCCAAUAAGUGUACCUGCCGUUAAUAGCAUUCUGCAUUAUUAUUUCCACAUUUGCUGUUCUCGAUCUCGAGUUGCUGAUGCGAAUUGCUGAUGACCUCGUAACCUUGCACAUAGUGCCCAUUUUAUCCACCUGGACAGUUUAAGAUGCCAUUGAAUGUAUUCUGCUUAUUCUCUUCUAGUUGUGCAAUAUUUUCUCAUUUGUAUCCAGAGAUUUUUUUUUUUUUGAACGUAUAAAAGAAUGUAACAGAGCACAUGAUUGGAAUUUUUUUGGUUGUUUUUGAUAAUAGUUGAAUUUUUUUGGUAGGUGUGUCUCAGGUCUUUAUGUAUAAUGCAAAUGGCAAACGUUUUAAAAAAUGUAUCUAAUUCUGGACAAAUUAUGAAAAGUGUGGUCCUGUUUUCUUAUUGGACCACUUUAACAUAUGUUUUUAAUACCUGGGGAUUGCAGACAGUUGUCUUAUGGGCAACCUCUCUCUUCAUGAUGUCCAGAAAAUAAGAAAUAAUAAAUUUGCCCUAAAUUCUCUGGGGCAUUUAAUCACUUUGUGCUUUAUGGUUUAAAGCUGAGUAUGUCAUAUAUCUAUUUAUGUAAUUUAUGCCUGUGUACAUUGGUCUGACUGGCUCUGAUAUCACCUCAAAUAUGUAAUGAAAAACAUCUUGAUAUAUUACAGAGAAAAAAAAACUGGAAAUAAAAAAAGUGAGCACCCUGGAGAUUGUUAGUUUAUUGUUCUGGCAGAGAUUUUGAAAACUAGUCAAUUCAAAUAUAACUGUAUUUGCCGGUGUGUUCAAUAAAAAAUAUAUCUUUCA